AAGUGACUCAAUUUGAUGUAUCAGAUAGGGUCAUCGCGUAUCUGGGAAUGGAUCUCGGAUGUUUUCUGUCGCUUUUUGCAAGUGUAUGGCUUUUGCACUAAACAUGGCUCUACAUAAGUAUGUCCCAGCUGGUGAUGCACCUUCUCUUAGUAUGGCACCUUUGAAUUUUUCAAAUAGUGUGCAUGAGAAGGCUCAAUGUGCAGAGGCAGAACCAGCCGCAUGUCCUUCUGUAGAUGCUGAUGUAGAUAUUGACCUCAGAGAAGUUUACUUUCUGAUUAUGCAUUUUCUAUCGGCUGGGCCAUGUCAUAGAACUUACGGACAGUUUUGGAAUGAGCUCCUGGAACAUCAACUUCUACCUAGAAGAUAUCAUGCUUGGUAUUCAAGAAGAGGUGCACGUAGUGGGGAUGAAAAUGAUGAUGGGCAGUCCUUCCCCUUGAGUUACAAUAAAUUGGUAGAAAGGUAUCCUCAUGUUGAAAAGGAUCAUUUGGUAAAGCUUCUAAAGCAACUGAUACUGAAUACAGCCCCUCCAUUGCAUGGUAUGGCUGGAGGAAACAUACCAAACGCAGCUGAUGUUCCAACACUCUUAGGAUCUGGUUCCUUCUCACUACUGGAAUCUGAUAGGAACAAAGAUAAGCAAAUCAACCGCCUGCCUAUCUACUUGCGUUGGCCUCACAUGCAGGCCGAUCAGGUGCGUGGUCUAAGUCUGAGGGAAAUUGGAGGUGGUUUCACAAAACACCAUCGUGCUCCAUCCAUUCGUGCAGCAUGUUAUGCCAUUGCUAAACCAUCAACUAUGGUGCAAAAGAUGCAAAAUAUAAAGAAGCUAAGGGGACACCGGGAUGCGGUCUAUUGUGCCACAUUCGAUCGCACUGGGAGAUAUGUGAUUACAGGUUCAGAUGAUCGCCUUGUAAAAAUUUGGUCAAUGGAAACUGCAUUUUGUUUGGCCAGUUGCCGUGGGCAUGAAGGGGACAUAACUGACUUGGCUGUCAGUUCAAACAAUGCUUUGGUGGCAUCCUCAUCAAAUGACUUUGUCAUUCGAGUUUGGCGUUUGCCAGAUGGGCUUCCAAUUUCGGUUUUGCGGGGGCAUACUGGAGCUGUUACCGCCAUUGCAUUCAGUCCUAGGCCUAGCUCCGUUUACCAGCUUUUAUCGUCAUCAGAUGAUGGUACAUGUCGGAUAUGGGAUGCCAGAAACUCUAACUUCAGCCCACGAGUUUACGUUCCAAGGCCUAAGGAAGCCACAACUGGUAGUUUUUGUUAUACAUUUGCUGUUUAUGGAAAAGUUGGACGCUGGACACGGGCAUAUCACCUGAAGGUUCCACCCCCACCAAUGCCUCCUCAGCCUCCUCGUGGAGGCCCACGUCAGAGAUUCCUUCCAACUCCUCGUGGUGUUAAUAUGAUUGUCUGGAGCCUGGAUAACCGUUUUGUGCUUGCUGCCAUCAUGGAUUGCAGAAUAUGUGUUUGGAAUGCUGCUGAUGGUAGCCUGGUUCAUUCUUUGACUGGUCAUACUGAAUCCACUUAUGUUUUGGAUGUUCAUCCUUUCAACCCUCGGAUGGCUAUGAGUGCUGGUUAUGAUGGGAAAACCAUAGUGUGGGAUAUAUGGGAGGGGACACCCAUACGCAUAUAUGAAACUGGACGCUUCAAGUUGGUAGAUGGGAAAUUUUCUCCGGAUGGGACGUCCAUCGUACUUUCAGAUGAUGUUGGGCAAAUUUACAUAUUAAACACAGGCCAAGGGGAGUCACAAAAGGAUGCCAAAUAUGAUCAGUUCUUCCUUGGGGAUUAUCGUCCCCUUAUCCAAGACACCCAUGGGAAUUCUCUUGAUCAGGAGACUCAACUUGCUCCUUAUCGGAGGAAUAUGCAGGAUCUCCUCUGCGAUUCAAGCAUGAUUCCUUAUCCAGAACCUUAUCAGAAUAUGUACCAGCAACGGCGACUAGGUGCUUUUGGUUUGGAGUGGCGUCCUCCUUCUGUAAAAUAUGCUGUUGGAGCAGAUAUCAGCCUUGGACUCCAAAAUUACCAAAUGCUGCCAUUGGCAGACUUGGAUAGAAUGAUUGAUCCAUUACCAGAGUUCUUAGAUGCCAUGGAUUGGGAGCCAGAAAAUGAAGUCCAAAGUGAUGAUACUGAUUCGGAAUACAAUGUUGCUGAGGAGUAUUCAAGUGAAGGGGAGCAGGGAAGCUUUGGUGCCAGCUCUUCGACUGAUCCAGAGUGCAGCGGAGAAGACAGUGAGGUUGAACUCAGCCACAAAGACAGCCUUCGCAGAUCAAAAAGAAAAAAACACAUAGAAGUUGAAUUUAUGACUUCUUCUGGGAGGCGUGUCAAGAGGAGGAAUUUGGAUGAGCGAGAUGGCACUCUAUCUAGGACUAACAGGGCUAAGAAAUCAAGAAAUGGCCAGAAAGCUUCAAGGGGGAAGUCCUCUACUUCAAAAUCAUCACGUCCUCGUAGAGUUGCUGCACGGAAUGCUCUUAAUUUGUUUUCUCGAAUCACUGGAGCUUCAACUGAUGGCUCAGACGAAGAUGGCUCAGACGAUGAUUCAUCUGAAAGUAAAUCAAUGAACAGCCAGAGCUAUGAAUCUGAUAGAUCCACGCAGAAUGGGAAGUAUAAACAUCCUAGAGAGCAAGAACCAUUUUUUAAUGAGACUGAAGAUGUGUUCAAACCUCGUGAAGUUCCUGAAUCUGUUAAGCAUACAGGAAACGGGAAGAGGUUAGUCCUGAAAAUAUCGAAGAAGCCUCCAGCAGAUGCAAGAUCUGAUAUUGAAAAACUGGUUGGUUUAGUGGGUUCAUCAUCCAAAUGUCCUCCGGAAACUAUUAAAGCAUAUUUAGGCUCUGAAGAUCCAAGUUCAUCUGGCCAUGCAAUUGACACUGUGCUUGGAAGUAAAUUCAGAGCAAGAACAGUUUCUGAAAGGUCUGAGGACCAUUUGGACUUGCCUGCAGGGUACAUAGAUGACAAAAUUAAAUGGGGCGAGGUCAAGGCACGCACAUCCAAGCGUUUGAGAUUAGGCAUGCCAACUGAUGCCCCUGGAUCUAUUGUGAGUCAUGAUGGCCAAUAUGAGCUUCGUGAAUACAGAGAUUAUGGUGACAGGGUAAUAGAAGAUAAAAUUGAAUCUUUGGACUUGUGCUUUAAGAAUGGAACCAAUCACCCUGAGGAAGCAAAAGAGAAAAAUCCUGCACCCAGUUCUACCAAGUUAAGGAUAAGAACGAAAAGUUUGAGUGUGAGGGAACCUGAAAGUCCUUACAAGCAAUAUCCUGCUACGGGGGAUGAGGAUUGGAGAAGUUCUGCAUGUGAUUUCAUGUCCAAAAGUCCUUCACCCAAGGAACUGAACCUAAUUUCAGGAGUGCCUGGUGAGAAUGAAGGUGCUAAUGGACUCAAUCUUGAGGACUUGGAUGGGUUAGGGAAAUCAGAGGUUUUAAUUGACAAAGGCUUUCAGUCACCUGUUUUACAAGAUUCGAAGGGGUUGCAUACAGAUUCAAACAAUAAGAUGUGUCAUGUCGUUUAUAAAAGAUCGAAGUCAUAUAAGGCUAGACCUGAUUCAGUAGGUGAUGGUGGUGGUAUGGGAGAAAGUUCUACUAACGCAAGCAACCAUUUUCUUGACCGAAGGAUGGACUUCACAGCAGAUGCAUCUGAUGGGGCCCGUAGAACAAGAUCCAUGGGAAUGGAUGCAACUGUUUGGGAAACUAAUACUCUGAACCAUAAUGUCAAAGCGAGGGAAGGUUUUGGGUCAGCAGAAACAUCAAAAAGUGCAGACAAGUUUGCCAGAAACAAGCAUGAGCAUCUCCUAUGUGAUGAGUGGAGAUCACAUUCAAAAAUACCAGUUGGUUCAAGGUCUGUUAGGAACAGGAGAGGCAACCAUUAUGAUAGUGACAUAAAUCCUCUAAGUAAGAGGAAGUCAAAUCAUUCAGUGGGGAAGCUUUCUUGGUUAAUGUUAACAGCGCAUGAAGAGUUCUACCGAUACAUUCCUCAGUUGGCGGAUGAAGUCAUAUACUUGAGACAGGGCUAUCAAGAAUUUAUUGGAACUUAUCGUUCAUUAGAAGCAGGUCUGUGGGAAUCAAUCAAGGAAAAUUUGAGAGCAGUGGAACUUUGUAAAGUUAAUGAACUUGAUUACUCCACUCUUCCGGGAUCUGGAGAGAGCUGCUGUAAAAUCACACUCAAAUUCAUAGAUUCAACUUCGAGUGUUUUCGGUAGAACAUUCAAGUUGACGCUGCCUGAAUUGAGUGUCCCAGACUUUAUUGUUGAAAGAACACGGUAUGAUGCAGCGAUCAAGAGAAACUGGACACAUAGGGAUAAAUGUCAGGUAUAUUGGAGAGAGGAGAAUGGAGAAGGUGGGAAUUGGUGGGAAGGUCGGGUUCUGGCUGUAAAACCCAAGUCUCCAGAGUUUCCAGACAGUCCAUGGGAAAGAUUUGUUGUUUCAUACAAGAGUGAUCCUACCAAACCGAGUCUACAUUGCCCUUGGGAACUGCACGAUCCUGAUAUUCAAUGGGAACACCCACAUAUUGAUGAUGAGGCCAGAGAAAAACUGUUUACUUCUUUCACAAAGUUAGAGAAAUUAGCUAGUGAGAAAAAGGACUAUUAUGGGAUUCAAAAAUUGAAACAGGUUGGACAGAAGUCAGAUUAUUUAAACAGGUUUCCAGUUCCACUGUCCCUGGAAAUGGUCCAGGAAAGGUUGGAGAACAAUUAUUAUCGUAGCUUGGAUGCCGUGAGGCAUGAUAUUUCAGUAAUGCUGUCCAAUGCCGAAUCCUACUUUGGGAAAAAUAUAGAACUUUUGACUAAGGUGAGGCGGCUAAAAGACUGGUUCCUACGGAAGCUGCCAUUGUUUUAGGUUUUCUCAAGACAGUUUUGUAGAAGAUUCAAAAAAUCUUGGAGGAGGUUUGAAUGAGCCCUCUGUGGAUUUAUUUGUAAAUAUCUCUUUUUUGUUGUUAUUUAUUGAAGGUCUUUUUUCCCAUUGAUCCAAUUAUGGGGAUUUGGUUUUCCUUUGAAAGAUUGUUAGGGGGAAAGGGGGAGAUCUUUGGAGUAAAGAGGAAGUUGUGGAAAACCAACCCACCAGUCAUUUUUUCAUGUAUAGAGACAGACACCACUUCCAUCAUCGAUUAUGCAAUAAGAAGAGAAAGAAGGGAAAAAAGGUUCCAAGAUGUA